AUGGCAGACAUCUUCUCAUCGCACCCCUACCCUGGCCGCAAGACCAUCAACCCCAGCACCUAUCACUGUGGUAUUUGUGACAGAACCCUUGCCUACAAGGACAGAGCUGCUCAUGAUCGCAGCAAGAAGCACAGGGCUGGGCUGGACAGAGAGAAGGCCAAGGAAGCCGCCGCCAAUGGUUACGCCGAGGGCAACGAGAACCUUGACCCUAACGCCUGCCACAACUGCGGACAGUCUGGCCACAUCUCCAAGGAGUGUCCCGAGCCCAGAAAGAUGACUGGAGCUUGCUUCAACUGCGGCGAGGUUGGUCACAACAAGUCUGACUGCACCAAGGAGCCUGUCAUCACUUGCAACAACUGCAAGGCCGAGGGACACAUGUCUCGCGAAUGCCCCGAGCCACGCUCUGCCGCAAACGUUGCCUGCAACAACUGCUCUGAGCUCGGUCACUUUUCUCGUGAAUGCCCCCAGCCCAAAGACUGGACCAAGGUCACUUGCAACCAGUGCGGUCAGACGGGCCACACCGUCCGCCGCUGCACUGCUGCUCCCGCCGACUACGCCAACCAGAACGAUGAUGGCUUUGGCAACGACGGUGCUACUGCUCCCUCUGGUAACGACGAUUGGAUGAACAAUGCUGCCGACGCCGUUGCUGAGACCACUGCUGUUGAGGGCGACUGGAUGCAGGACACCACCGGCGCUGCUGCUGGUGAGGAGUGGGGUGCUGCUCCUGCUGAGUGGUAA